GGCGCCAAGCCCCCACACCCGUUUUCUUCUCCUCCUCCUCCUCCCUCCCUCUUAUCCUCUCCGCCACCGCGCCCCCGUAUAAGUAGCAGCGCGCACUCCAUUACGUUAAUCCCAUUCCCACCUCCAGCGCGAGCCAGAGAGCGCCUGAAUAUAUACUGACUCCCUCCACGCACGCACGCGCUGCCUAGAAGCUUGCGAGGACGAGGAGCAGGUACCGAGGAGAGGAGAUACGCGCUGCCUACAAGCUUGCACCAGGGCGAAGCGAUUCUUGCUCUUGGGAGAGGAAGCGCGGAGGGCGGUGGUUUCUCAUGGCGGUGACUGCGACGACGGCCGCGGCGGCGGCCACCAUGCUGGCGGCCGUGAUGGCCAUCUUCCUCUCCUUCGUGCUCUGCUUCUACAUAUUCCUCUGCGCCAAGAGGUCACGGGGAGGGGCGCCGCCGCCGCCGGGGAGCGGCGUGAUGGCGCACCUGCGCUACUUGUUCUGCGGCGGGGACGGGAGGGCCGGAGCGGGGGACGGCGUCGCCCCCUGGUUCUACGACGGGGGCCUGGACGACGCGUCCAUGGCGUCGCUGCCCCGCAGGGAGGUGGCCAAGGGGGAGGCCAUGGACUGCGCGGUGUGCAUCACCGAGCUCGCCGCCGGGGAGACGGCGCGCGUGCUGCCCCGGUGCGGCCACGGCUUCCACGUGGACUGCGUCGACAUGUGGCUCAAGUCGCACUCCACCUGCCCGCUCUGCCGCUGCCCGGCCGUCGACGCGCCGCCCCUACCGCCCGCGCCGGUCCAGGCGCCGGAGGCCGACCAGGAGUCGCCCAACUUCCCCACCAACGUGCUCUUCUUCGGCUCCCAGGACGACGUCAGCACCGGCCGCGCGCAGCCGCAGCAGCAGCAGCAGCAGACUCCCGCCACAACGACGCCUCAAUCAGCGCCAACUCCGUCGCAAGCGCAAGCGUGCGGUCUGCGGCGGCUUCUCGGGUGUGGCGGCGCAUCGCCGCCCCCGGCGCCUCAGGAGGAGGACGCGGCCAGGGACAUAGAGAUGGGGCUCGCCGGCGGCGAGAGCAGCGCGUCGUCGCGGCAGACGAAGCCGUCGCAGCCGGCGGGCUCAGGCUCAUGUUGACGCCUGGGCUGGCACGGUGGACUUUUCCUCCUCCAACCUUUUGUGAUGUGCCGUCUUCCUUGCGUGGCGUCAUCGCAAGUUUUCCCAGCGUCUCUCGGUUACUCGGUCUCGGAGUAAAAAAUUGUACAUAUUUUUAUAGAUGUGUGACGUACAUGUGGAUAGAAUGAUCAUGUUCCGGCAUGACACCACAAAGAGAAGAAAACAAGUUUGCCCCUCCA